AUGGAGAAGCCUAUCGUUCUUGUUGUUCACGGUGCUUGGCAUCGAGCCUCUCACUACACCAAGCUUGUUGAGCCUUUGCGCGAGGCAGGAUACACUGUCGUUGUUCCAGCACUCCCCAGUGCAGGUUCUGAGCCGCCCACCGCCAACCACACACUCGAUGAUGACAUCGAGACUAUCCAGUCAGCGAUUCAACCCUUCAUGGAUGCCGGACGGGAACUGGUCGCUGUACUUCACAGCUAUGGAGGCAUCCCAGGCACUGAUAGUGUUGUUGGCCACACCAUCCAAGACCGCAGGUCCAAAGGUCUUCGAGGUGGUGUGAAAGCAGUUAUAUACAUAGCUGCGUUUGCACCGCCAGCUCCAGCAACAAGUCUCUUUGAUAUGGUUCGCAUAAAAGACGAGUCCGAUCCUCAUCCGGAUUGGUGGACCCCCAAGGAAAGUGAACUCCUGAAGCACGUCACGGACGGCCUUGUCUCUCUCAACGAAGGCGCUCGACAUGCACUCUAUCAAGACAUCGACAUUGAAGUGGCCGAUGAGGCUCUUGCGUCCACGGUGAAGCAAAGCACGGCCAGCUUCAAGCAAAAGUGCUCUCAUGCUGCGGGUACUAUCAUGGCCCACAAGACUUACGUUGCGUGCCAGCAAGAUGCAGCUGUCCCGUAUGAGGGACAGGUCUUCAUGGCUGAAGCGGCUGGGGCAAAUGUGGUAGCCCUGGAUUGCGGGCAUAGUCCUUUUUUGAAGGACGAGGAGUCAGCAAAACUUGUGGCAAUUAUUGCUGGCAUCUCGGUCUAG